AUGUGGGAGUUCCGGUCCAUGAAUUUUUGGCGGGCGGUCUUCGCAGAGUUCUUCGGGACCAUGUUCUUUGUAUUUUUCGGCAUGGGCGCUGCCCUGCGCUGGACCACCGGGCCUCAUCAUGUCCUUCAUGUGGCCCUGUGCUUUGGGCUAGCAGCUGCCACCCUCAUCCAGUCCAUCGGCCACAUCAGCGGCGGCCACAUUAACCCUGCCGUCACCUUCGCCUACCUUGUUGGCUCACAGAUGUCUCUUUUCCGCGCCAUUUUCUACAUGGCCGCCCAGUGCCUGGGUGCUGUAGCUGGGGCUGCUGUGCUGUACGGGGUCACACCCGGCAACAUGAGAGGAAACAUGGCGAUGAACACGCUGCAGCCCGGCAUCAGUCUGGGAAUGGCCACCACCGUGGAGGUUUUCCUCACCAUGCAGCUUGUGGUGUGCAUCUUUGCCGUGACCGAUGAGAGGAGAAACGGACGCCUGGGAUCUGCUGCCCUAUCCAUCGGCUUCUCCGUCACCAUUGGACAUCUCAUGGGGAUGUACUACACCGGUGCUGGAAUGAACCCCGCUAGGUCCUUUGCCCCUGCUGUACUCUUCAGGAACUUCAUCAACCACUGGGUGUACUGGGUCGGGCCUAUGAUAGGAGGUGCCAUGGGCGCCCUCCUGUACGAUUUCAUGCUGUUCCCACGCAUGAGAGGUCUGUCCGAGCGCCUGGCCACACUGAAGGGCAGUCGGCCCCCCGAGAGCGAGACCCAGCAGGACACCCGCGGGGAGCCCAUCGAGCUCAAGACGCAAGCCCUAUAA